GCGCAGACGCGUGGCUUCGAGUAGUACGCGUGGCAAGGCAAAAAGCUGCCAAGCUAGCGAAACGCAAGGACCUCCUCCCCCAAGAACUCAUGCCAGAAUUAUCAAACCGUAGAUCCAAGAAGAAGAUCGAAAAAAAAUCCUAAAACAUCGAGAAAUUCUCUGCUUAAAUUGCUACAUCUCUGUCUGCCUUACCAUUUUUUUGAAAUGGCACAAGCUGAAAUGACAUCAAGAAUACCAAACUGUGAUGCGUAUUUUGAGACCAUCCAGUCAAAAAAGAAGUUACCAUACUCUUUACAGGAAUCUUUGACAGCUGCUUUUGCACAAAUUCCGGUUUCAUCAUUCCCUGAAGUUCCAGGAGGCAAAGUAAUUGAGAUUCAAGGUGACACGACUGUUAUUGAUGCUGUUCGAAUUCUAUCGGAACACAACAUAUUGGCUGCUCCAGUAAGAAACUCAGAGGCAGGGGAUAGUAUAAAUUGGAGGGAAAGGUAUUUGGGAGUAAUUGAUUAUGCUGCAAUCAUUCUCUGGGUGUUAGAGAAUGCGGAACUUGCUGCUGCUGCUCUAUCGGCGGGAUCAGCAACAGCUGCAGGAGUGGGAGCAGGUGCUGUUGGUGCUCUUGGAGCAGCAGCCUUGGGUGCAACUGGUCCAGUGGCAGUUGCUGGGCUGGCUUUUGCUGCUGUUGGGGCAGCAGUGGCUGGUGGAAUGGCUGCAGAGAAAGGUAUAUGGAAGGAUGCUCCCACUGCUGCCGAUAAAUUGGGAGAAGAUUUCUACAAAGUCCUCCUUCAAGAAGAACCCUUUAAAUCAACAACAGUUAAGUCGAUUGUGCAGUCAUAUCGUUGGGCACCCUUCCUCCCUGUUGGGCUAGACAGUUCAAUGCUUACUGUAUUGCUCUUGCUUUCAAAGUAUAGAUUGAGAAAUGUACCUGUGAUUGAAACCGGCAAGCCUUUUAUUAAGAAUUUUAUCACCCAAACAGCAGUAGUACAAGGUCUCAGGCAAUGCAAGGGAAGGGACUGGUUUGAUUGCAUUGCUGCACGCACACUUUCAGAUCUUGGACUUCCUUUUAUGUUGCAUAAUGAGGUUAUUAGCAUCAAUAGUGAUGAAUUGAUCCUAGAAGCAUUCAAGCGUAUGAAGGACAACAAGAUUGGUGGCCUUCCUGUUGUAGAGGGACCUGGACGCAAAAUUGUUGGUAGCUUGAGCAUACGUGACAUCAAAUUCUUGUUGCUCAAGCCUGACCUGUUUUCUGAUUUCAGGCAGCUAACUGUUAUGGAUUUCAUGAAGACCAUAGGCUAUACAAUGGCAUCACCAACAACAUGUUUACCUGAUGCCUGCCUUGGAAGUGUGAUCGAUAGCCUGGCAUUGAAAUCUGUCCAUCGGAUUUAUGUAGUCGAGGGAGAUGAUCAUGAAUUAGUUGGUGUCGUGACACUCAGGGAUGUCAUCUCUUGCUUCAUCUACGAGCCUCCUAAUCAUUUUGAUAACUAUUUUGGAUUUGCAAUGAAGGAGAUGCUGAACCAGUGAAAUCAUAGGACACUUGAUCAUCCAGAUCACAUCCACAAGCACUGUCAGGCAGAAAUUUCCAGCACACAUUCUGCAUUCCCCUGCUAAUUUCAUACUUCUUAUGCUGAUAAUUUGAUAAAUUAUUAGUUACCCAACAUUGUGUGGUGUUGUACUGCCAGUAUCGAGAUGUCAUACAGAUGGUUGCACUGGGAGAUGUCUUUCUUUCUUCUUGGGACUGGAGGAAUUGAAUGAGUACUGCUAUCUAUGCAUAAAAUGAGAAUGGUGCUCACGUUUGUUUGCA